GUGGUCCAGAGUUGGAUUGGGAGCGGGAGAGCUGACCUGUUCUCUGUUUCAGGUUCUUGGGGAUGCUCCUCCCCAGAAACACACUUCCCUGCUAACCCACACGAGAUCUAGACACUGCUGAGCCCAGUGGAAAGCUACCAGCUCUAUUGUGCUGAACGAGGCAAAUAGAAACGGCCCUAGAAACAGGAAGUUCCGCCCCUGGAGUGGGAGCCACUGAUAGCCCUGGGUCUCACUCUUGUAGGAUCUGGCAGAAAGGCCUGGCCAGGAAGAUGCCUUCUGCCUGACAUUCAGGAAGCAAGCUCCUUCCAGCAGGGCUAGACCCUGGGCUUUCGUUUUUUUCUUUUUCUUUUUUUUUUGGUACCGGGGAUCAAACUUGGGUCCUCAUGCUUGCAAGGCAGGUGGCAGAACCACUGAGCUAAAUCCCCAGCCCUGGGCUUUCUUGUUCCAGGCCUGUCUCCUUGUCACCUGCUCCCCAGCUCUCCCCGCUGGGCUUCUGGGCUGGGCUGGGCUGAAUUAGAGCACAACAGCUAGCUUUCGGUCUCAGGCUUCCUUCUGCAGCCCGUUUUCCUUAGGUUUGGUUUGCUUCAAGGUUUCUGCAUUUUUCCAAAUCCAUGUCCUCUUAGAACAGAACCUAUAGAUUGGAGGAAACUUUGUUUUUCUUUUUGGUACCGGGGAUCUAACUCCAGACCUUGCGCUUUCAAGGUAGGCACCGGACCACUGAGCUAAAUCCCUGGCCCUAGAGGAAACUUUGGAGAGGGGAGCCGGACUCAUAGCCAAUACCGUUAACCCACCAAAGACCCACGACUCACCCAGGGUCAGGACUGCCACACCAGUUUUUCUCUUCACACUCCCUAUCCUUGGAAAACUAAUCGCUCUGAGCCUCAGUUUCCCCACAUGUAAAUGGAGGGAAGCUUUAGAUUUUACGAGUUACCACAUGUAGUGUCCAACAUGGUGGCUGGGGCAGAUGCAGAAGGUAGCCUCCUGCCAUGUAACUAUUCUGCCCACUCCCCCUUGGCUGCCCUUGCCCAGGUCUGUUUUGUAGGGUACAGUGCAGUUCCUGCCACCUGAUGCAGGAGCCACCCAGAUGGCUGGGGUAGCAGGGUGAGGAAGUUCUGGGAGGUUAGGGGCCAGGGAGACAGGACAGGAAGGAGCCAGCUAAGAAAGGCUGCAUGCUGGGACCAGUGAAGCAGCUUAGAAGUGGGCAAGAGGGGAACUGUGGUGGAAGUAGUUGGCAGAGAAGGACAGAUGGGUGCCAGGAGAGGGAAUGUGUGCAGCAUGCAGGGGAGGGCGGAGGAGGGGCAGUGGGGAGACCCAGGGCUGAGGAAGUAAACAGGAGAGUGCCACCACAGGGGUGGAGGGUGCUGCUGCUGGGAAUCGGCCCCCUCAGACUUUCCACUGCGAAGUGAAACUGUGAGCCCUGGGGCGUGGGGGGCGGGCAGCCUGGAGGGGAAGUGGGGAAGGUGAGGGAGACAUAAGGACCGGGCCAGGUCCCUGGAGCAGCAGAACAGCACCCAGCUCCUGACAGCCACCUUCCUCCAGUCCACUCUGCCACACCCUGCCUGGUCCCCAGGGUGCCCCAGGCACUGCCCGGACUCGGGCCUCCAUCCCUGGUCCUCCCACUCUCCCUCCAGGCCUGGGGGUGGGGUCCCCUGUCCUCUAGAGCCCUCUCUCCACUGCCCUCUGCAGCACUUUGCUUUAGUCCCCCUGUCCCCUGCUGACCUCCCUUAGGAGGGCUCAGCCUGGCCCGGGCCGCAGGGGAGAUGGGGCAGACUCAGUUGCUGGGCUUGGUGCUUCUACAAUUGCUGUGGGCUGCUCCAGCAGAGGCUCCAGGGCCCGGGAAAGAGGUCCCAGUGGUGUGGGCUCAGGAGGGGACUUCUGCCCAACUCCCCUGCAGCCCCACAAUCCCCCUCCAGGAUCCAGGCCUUCUGCGAAGAGGAGGGGUCACUUGGCAGCAUCAGCCAGACAGUGGACCCGCUGCUCAGGCUCCCGCCCCCUCUCGGCCCUGGAACCUCGGCCCUGGCAGAGAAGUGGCGCCCGGCACGGGCCCGCAGCGCUACACAGUGCUGAGCGUGGCCCCCGGGGGCCUCCGCAGCGGGCGGCUCCCCCUGCAGCCCCGCGUGCAGCUGGACGAGCGCGGCCUCCAGCGCGGGGACUUCUCGCUGUGGCUACGCCCGGCCCUGCGCGCCGACGCCGGCGAGUAUCACGCCGCCGUGCGCCUCCGGGACCGCGCGCUUGCCUGCCGGCUCCGUCUGCGCGUGGGCCAGGCCUCGAUGGCGGCCAGCCCUGCGGGACCUCUCAGGACCGCCGACUGGGUCAUCCUGAACUGCUCCUUCAGCCGUCCUGACCGCCCGGCCUCUGUCCACUGGUUCCGGGGUCCAGGCCGCGUCCCAGUCCAGGAGUCCGCCCAUCACCACUUAGCAGAAGGCUUCCUCUUCCUGCCCCAAGUCAGCCCCGUGGACUCUGGGAUGUGGGGCUGUGUCCUCACCUACAGAGACGGCUUCGAAGCCCGGAUCUCACACAACCUCACCGUCCGGGGUCUGGAGCCCCUAGGCCCCCUGAUGGUAUAUGCUGGAGCAGGCUCCAAGGCGGAGUUACCAUGCCACCUGCCUCCUGGUGUGGCAACCCAGUCUUCCCUCGUCGCCAAGUGGGCCCCUCCUGGUGGGGGCCCUGACAUCCCAGUGGCUGGAGACAAUGGCAACUUCACUCUUCGACUGGAGGCUGUGAGCCUGGCGCAGGCUGGGACCUACACCUGCUGCAUCCAUCUGCAGGGGCAGCAGCUCUGUGCCACGGUCACCUUGGCAGUCAUCACAGUGACUCCCGAAUCCUCUGGGUCACCCGGCUCCCUGGGUAAGCUGCUGUGUGAGGUGACCCCAGCAUCAGGACGAGAGCGCUUUGUGUGGAGGCCCCUGGACAGGUGGUCCACAAGGAAUUUCCCAGGACCCUGGCUGGAGAUGGCGGAGGCCCAGCUCCUUUCCCAACCCUGGCAGUGCCAGCUGCACCAAGAGGAGAGGCUUCUCGGAGCAGCGGUGUAUGUCCCAGAGUCUAGCCCAGGUGCCCAGCGCUCUGGGAGAGCCCCAAGUGCCCUCCGAGCAGCCCCGCUCCCGCUCUUUCUCACCCUGGGUACCCUCUCAUUGCUCCUUUUGGUGACUGGAGCAAUUGGCUUUCACUUUUGGAAAAGACAGAGGAGACUGAGAAGAUUUUCUGCCUUAGAGCUUGGGAUUCACCCUCCUCAGACUCAGAGCAAGAUAGAGGAGCUUGAGGAGGAUCCAGAGCCAGAGCUGGAGCCAGAGCUGGAACCAGAGCCAGAGCCAGAGCUGGAGCCAGAGCUGGAGCCCGGGCAGCUGUGACCUGGAGGGAAGGCAGCAACGGAUCCUAGCAGCUCACCCCAUAAUAAACCCCGUCAG